ACUGUACUUAUGGUUUGGACCUAGCCAACGAAAGCAUGUGCAUUAAGUACAAAUAUGAUGAUUCAUCUCCUCAACAUCUCAGCAUGACAUUCAUAGACGUCAAACUCACCAAUCGGUGUGCAGAGCAAUUUGCGCUUAGACGAUGUCAGCUUUGGCCUUGCCGAUCGAGGCAACCUCUUCGUGCAUGACGCUACGCAACACAGUAACGAUUAAAAUUAUCUGAGGUUGUCCGAUGGCUCAUAAGAAGAGCAUAUGACCUCUAGAAAAGUAAUCACACGUUGAUAAUGGCAAACUACGAGCCGUCCACCGUAGACACAGUCGCUCAGAUCAAGCAUUACUACCAUGUGUACCGGCACACCGAAGAAAUCGAGCGCAAAAGCCUUUUCUUCUCUCCAAACUGCAUGCAGAUAUGCCGAUCAACACCUUCCUAUGCGGCAACGAGUCGUGAUGGGAUUGCACAGUAUCUUCAAGACGCACAACAGGGAAACAUACCAGUAUACGCACCUGCAUCGUCUCCGGCUGUUAUCUCGGACCUUUCCGGUGACCACAUGACAGGGUCAGGGCCAAGGACAACGAAGUUACCGAAGAGCAGAAGUGUCUACACCAUUCGUACUUUGCACCAAUCCGAAUUCGAAUUCGGCUCAGACGACAUCGUUGCGCCCGUAGGGUACACCGUGAAACAGCUGAAGUCUAAAGCUAUUCGGGAAGAAUGGAUUGGAAUGCGCGUCAACCUGUGGGAAGAAGGGGUUGAGAGGGACCUGUUGAAGAAGGUCCAGUACUGGUGGCGCCUGGAAGAGAUACCCGACCACGAGCAGAUGGGGAGCGAUCCUCUACGGAGGAGUUGGAGGCAAUGCUUGCAUGACAUCAUCUUCAUUGGUCCUAGAGACGGCACCGAGAACGAAGACAGACUGGAAGUCUUUGAGUGACUUCCUUGGAAAAGAAGAGUUCCGCGAGCGAGGUCUGAUGGGCCGUCUGCGUUUUCUGGAAGUGGUAGUAGACUAGCAGCCG